UGAAGUUAAAUAGGAGAUCCUGACGACUAAGUUGUACAUUAAGCUACUUUUCUAAAGCUUACAUUAAAUGUAAUACUGUGUUUUUACUUGACUAAGUUAUCUGGAACAUAUAUUUCAAUUUUUCAAUAUGAUGAAAUGUCUACUUGAAUUUGUCAAAUAGUGAUAUAUACACAGAUAUUUAGAGCGUUCAAGAUGGCUACCGGUGGUGGUUUAUUUAAAGCUUUAGAGCGUAGACGUAAACCAUUUUAUGACUUUCCUUGUUCGUUAUGUGAGGGAGAAGGAAAACACGUAGAAGCUGAUAGAUAUUGCGAUGAUUGUUUUGUUUUCAUGUGCAAUGUUUGUAUAAAGAACCACAACAAAUUUCCGCUGAACAGGACACAUCAACUGUUGGACCAAAGUCAGUUUGUGACUGUGACCCAGUCUAAACUGGUUUCAUUUCCGACGAAGCGAUGUUUAAAACAUCCUGGAGAAUUUUACUGCGGAGAGCAUGAUGUCGUAUGCUGUGGUGCGUGCAAAGUUCUCUAUCACACUAACUGUGAUAACACUAAGUAUUUGAUAGACGUGGCUAAGGGAAUACAUGAAAGCAAAGAGUACCAGAGCAUCAAACAAGAAACACGUGCCUUCCUGAACGAUGCCGAUAGAGUUCUUGCAGACCGAAAAGCUGAUAUUUCUCGUAUCGAGCAUGAAAGACAAGAUGUCAAGCGCAUCAUUGUUGAUUUUAGAAAAAAAGUCAACAAGUACUUUGAUGACCUGGAGCAAACAACUCUCGAUGCUUUAAAUGAUAAAGCGGAAGUAAUCAUUAGCAGUUGCAAACAAGAUACAAAAGUUCUUACUAUCACGAAAUCAACAGCUGAGGUUAUGUUGAAGCAGCUGGAGUCAUUCAAGGGAGAUAAUGAGUGCGAUCUCUUCUUACAAGUCAAAACGGGCAUGAAGUUUUUGAGUAAUGCUACACAGGAUGUUCUUACUAUCUCCAAGACGGUAAAGAAAGAUGCUAUUAAUUUCAGGAUAGAUCCGAACAUUGAGCGAUACUUUAGUUCAGUUGAAAUGUUUGGCACCUUUACAGAUAUCCCUAUAAACGCAAGUCAACUUUCAUCAGUAGCCACAAACACGCAUGAGCGCCAAUCAUGUGCAUCUACGCCAUCCUCACAGACGUCUCCAGACAAUCGGAGUCCGCUUCCUAAAUACAAAGCACAGCUUUAUGGUAAAUUUGAUGUAAGGGAGAAAUCUGAAUCUACUGUAUGUGAUGUAAGCAGCAUCCUUCAGUUACCAGACGGAACUAUACUUCUUGCUGAUUUUGGAAACAAGAAAUUGAAGAGACUAGAUCAGUCAUAUAAACUUCUUGAUUCGCUGCGACUGCCUGAUGAACCAGAAUGUAUAUGUAAUGUUGGUCCAGAUGAGGUAGCAGUAUCUCUGUGCUUUGCUGAGAAAGUUCAAUUUAUAUCUGUAAAAGAGAAACUGAGUUUGACUUGGUCAUUUAGUACAGGUGACUUCUGUAGAGGAAUUGUUUAUGUUGAUGAUAAACUGUAUGUCUGUUGUGGUGAUACAAGUGAUUCAGGUACCGGUUGUAUAGAAGUGUAUAACAACGCUGGUCAGCUACAUCAUUCUAUAUGUGGAAUAUCUUUCGUUCCACACCACAUCACAGUCACUGAUGAUGGUCAGCAUCUUCUUGUCACCAGCUGGAACAGUGAUAAAAUAACUAUGAUGAAUCGGACUAAGUUCAACACGUUCAACUACAAGUACUUGAAAGAACCAGAAGGCAUAUGUACUGAUGGUAAAGGCCAGUUGUUUAUCUUAGGGGGUUACAGUAACACAGUUGUACAAUUGGCAUCCAAGAAAGUAGGUGUGAUGCUGCAGAAGAAAGACGGUAUCGACAAUCCUCUUGCAUUUGGCUAUGACAGAAUGCAGUCAAGGAUAUUAGUCUACUGUUACAGAUCAAAUCAAUUGUUAGUAUUCAGUUUGAAAUAGGGCGAAAGGAAUCGAAAGAAGACCUUGAAAGAAAUCGGCAUUUAUAUCAUUUUACCAUUUUACAAUGUAUUUUGAUUGAUUUUUUUAAAUCAUUACUAUCAUGUAUUUAUUGAUUGUUUCUGAAUAUUAUCACGAGAGUUUGACUACAGUGGAAUUAUUGAUAUUCGUAGGGGACUAAUUUUCGUGAAUUUCGUGGUUGAGUGAAUCCACUAACUUUAGUACCAACGAACAAGUAAAAUUCCCAUUCAUUUUAUGUUCAAAAGUUGAAAUCCACGGUUUAAUAACCGUCACGAAAUGUCCUUUUUGACCAAAAACCACGAAAUUUUUGCCCACGAAAUUGACUGAUUUUACAGUAUAUUAGGUGUUAAAUUAAAAUGUAUGUAACAUGCUUUACUUUAAGUAAGAUAUUAUAUUUUAAUGCACACAGACGUUAGCUUAAUGUAUAUUGCAAAUCAAUUUGUAGUUCAUAUAUAAGCAGAACUGAAAACGAAUCAAACAGUGAAGAUAAAAUUGAAACCAGCCGAAAUCCGAAGGACAGUUUCGAAGUCUUUAUCACCCAACUACAUUGUUUUUGGAUUCGAAACGCCGAAAAAGCACCUGCGGCCGAAAAACUAAGUGGAAAAUAAUUUUGAUUAAUGACUUUCAAAGCAUAUAUCAGCACAUUAAUUCAUUUUAUAAAUUUGGCAUUUGGUUCACACAGCAAACUUGAUGCUAGUCCUCAAGGAGGUUUUUAAGAUGUCAGCUGUGAAUGGGCUGUGAAUAAAAUUAUUUAUUACAAAUGACCCCUUAGUGUGAUAUGUAGAUAUUUGACUUUCGGUAAUAAUUUUUGGAUUUGCCUGAUAAAACAUAUUGCUGAUUUAAAAUAUGCAACACUAUUAGUGUAUUCGCUAG